AUGCGCACUGUCUCCUCGUACGCAGCGGUCGCCUUCACCGCCGUAGCCGCCUCUGCCACCCCAGCGCAUCGCAUGCAACAGUCGCCUGCCGUUCACGGACUGCAAGCGAGCGAGAUGGACGGCCUGGACAUGGCUGGCAUGAACAUCUCGGGCAACAUGGACAUGGGCAGUAUGGACAUGAGCGGGAUGAAUCUCACCGCUUCCCCUCCAAUGGGCAUGACCGACCCGUCUGCUGCUUCUCCGGGGAAGGACUUUCGGUGCCCCGUGUGUGGCAUGUCGACGAUAGCCAUGGGGUACAACAACUUGAACCACGUCGGUCUCGUCAAUGGCCAGAUCGUCUACACGUGCGGCAUGCCGCUGCGUCCCUUUGAGGACUACGAGACGGUGCACACGGACACGUCGUACCUGGCUGCCAACAUGGCGGAGUUUAUCGUCAACGCGACCGAUGCUACUGCCUUUGCAGAGUGUGAGGACUCGUGCAGCGAGUGUGCUGAUGGCAUCAAAGACCCUGUAACGGGGGACGACGUGACGACGUCCAACUACCACUACGUCUGUCUCGUGAACGGCCAGAAGAUCUACUUUGCCUCAGGUGCGAGCAAGAACGAGUACUUGGGCAACGUCAGCUCCCAACCACGAUUCGUCGUGGACGAGAUCGUUUGUGAAAACAUGACGUGUUCUGACGCUGAGACCAUCACUGUGCUCAGCGCAGCGGCGCAGGCCUUUGUACCAGAUCUGUCCUCAUCAGACCGUAACGACUCAGGUGUGAUGCCGAAUGGUUCCACUCCAACUAGUGACGAUCCAGCUACUGCCAACGCUGCAAUGUCAGUAAACUCGCCUGUUGGCUUGACUUUUGCGGUUGCGAGCGUGUUGGUUGCGUUGGCUGCAAUGAUGUAG